GGGAGAGACCCUGAGUUGGCAUGGCGACUCCUGGAGCUCUGACAGGAAACUUUCUUGCUCGUUCCUUCGCUCCUCAGCAGCAGUCAGUCUCCAGCACCGCGCAGUUUGACCGUCUGAAAUGCACUUGAUUGGACUCCGCGGGACCUUUUCGUGCUGUGAAGUCAUGGAUCUGCACCUCCACUCACCCACGGCGCGUCACUGAACGCAAACAACCGCAGAAAACUUUGGACCCUAAAUGAAACAUUCACGCGUUUCUAAGUCACGUUUGGAUUUCACGAUGGAGAUUUUAUUUUACCUGCUUGCCUUCGUGUCAGCUCGGGUUUGUUCGGGGCUUGGAUACGCGGAGUCCACUACUAUCCAGACUGGUCACAGAGCCGCCAGCAGACACAGGAACUGGUGUGCCUACGUGGUCACUCGGACCGUCAGCUGUGUGAUGGAGGACGGCGUGGAGACGUACAUCAAACCAGACUACCAGCGCUGCACCUGGGGACAGUGUCCUCGAGUGGCCUACCGGACCUACCGGCGGCCGAGGUAUAAGGUCGCCUACAAGAUGGUGACGGAAAUGGAGUGGAAGUGUUGCCACGGUUACUCAGGGGAGGACUGCCACAACGGGCCUCAGGGGACGCCGGACACUCAGGUCAACAGAGGACGACCUCGAGUCACUCAGACCAGCAGCAACCCCGAUGGAGGACAGCGAGGAGGAGGAGAAGGUGACCAGGAGAAGAUCCGACAGCUGGAGGAGACCAUCCGAGGUCUGACCAAAGACCUCCACACCAUGCAGACCACCAUCCACGGCAUAAACCAGCGGCUACCUGGACUGAAUGGAGCAAUCGUUCCUGCUGAUUCAGCUCAGCCUCACAUGAAGGAAACCAUCAACAGCAUCCAGACCAAGCUGGACCACCUUUACAACAGGACACAGGUCCACGAUCAGACUCUGCUCAACAUCAACAACCACCUGGUGAACGGAGGAGGCAACGAGCUGGACGGUACGGCCAGAGGAGAUGGAGGAGGAGGAGGAGGAGGAGGAGGAGGAGGAAACCAGCUGAACACCAUGAAGGAGGAGAUCCUGACGGAGCUGGAGAGGAGAGUGUCUCUGUCCUGCUCCUCCUGCCAGGCUGGUGUGGAGGAUCUGAGGCGGCAGCAGCAGGAGGACCGGGACAGGAUCAGAGCCCUGGAGAAGCUGAUCAGCUCCAUGGACCAGCACCUGAGGCAGAGCUUGGACAUCUCUCGCAGGGAAACCGAGCGUUUCCAGGCCUGCUGCAACACCGUCACCGAGCUGGAGAAGAGGCUGACCGACGUGGACGUCCGAGUCACCACCACCGCCAACAAAUGCGACACCAUCAAAGGACGGCUGGAUAAGGAGCUAGCCGGGACGAGUGGAGGCAAGGGACGGGUGAUGGAGGACCGGUUCAGCAGCAGGCUGAGAGACCUGGAGAAGAGGAUGAACAACACGGUGAGGAAGGCGGAGCAGAGGUGCACCAACACCGGGAACAACAUGAAGGACACGGUGCAGAGAGACGUCACCCAGCUGCGUAACACUGUCCUCAGCCGGCUGGACGACAACGGCUUCAAGAUCGGGAAGAUCGAGCUGGACGUGUCUGUUCUUGGAGACACAGUGAGGGAUCACAGUCGACGUUUGAACCAGCUGGAGAACAUCACAACCUUCCUCGACACAUGGUUAACAUCGACCACCAAAAUGUGCAACGAGACCUGUGGGCGUAACGGGAAAGGCCCGUCCACAGAUGAGACUGUGAAAACCUUGGAGUGGAGGGUUGUAUCCAACCAGGAAGAGAUCCAGAAGUUUAACACUAAACUGAACGAUCUGUCGGUGUCAGGAGACUCGCUGAUGGACCGAGUCUUUGACCUGACGGAUGACGUGAAGAAGAUCAUCGCUGUGACGGGGAAGGACGGUGAGAAGUUCAACCGGAUCGUCACAGAGGUUGAACUGUUGGGUCGUGACUUGGAGGACUGCUCCAUUUGCAGGACUAUAGGGGACGACUUGGGCUCGCUGAACACCACCACCAUGACCGGACUGAGCAGGUGUCAGACCGAACUGACAGAUCUGCGACGGAAAGUGGACUCGGGGGAAACCAUCUGCUCUCAGGUUUGCUCCAACCUUCAGGAGGAGGUGGGACGUCUCAGAGAGGAGGUAGAGGAGUGUACGGGCCAGUGUAGAACCAACAUAAAUGAUCUGAAGAAACUUCUGGAUGGUCACUCUGUCCACAGUGGAAGGUUAGGAGAAGAUCUGAAGUCCAUCCAGGGAGAGCUGGGUAGAGUUAUGAUCACGUUUAACUCUGUUAAUAACACUCUGAAGGGUCUGGGAAGAACUGUACAGACACAUGGGGACACCCUGACCGACCUGACCAACACCAAGGAUGACAUCAUCUCUGAGGUGAACGACUUGCAGAAGAAGCUGUCGGAUCAUGUCGAUGACUCCAAGCUUCGAUUCGGCGGUUUGGGCAACGAGAUCCAAAUAAUCAGGAGCAACUUCGUGACGGAGGUUGGCGAGUGCCGGCGGUCGAGCGACGGCCUGGAUCGAAGGUUGUCCAAGCUGGAGGGAGUGUGUGGACACUUCGACUCACUCUCAGACAGCCUGGAGAGGAUCAAGGACGGCCUCAACCGACACGUGUCUGGCCUGUGGACCUGCGUUAAUGGACUCAACAUCACCGUUACGUCUCAAGGAGAUGCUAUCGAGAACAUCCAGAACGUCCAGCUGGAGAACGUCCACUCCAGGAUACACAGGCUGAACUCGUCGGUGGUGGACUUGGUCAAGGAGUUCCACUAUUUCACAGAGCAGGACUUCACGGGUCCACCUGGUCUGCCGGGGCCCCGCGGAGAAAGAGGCGAACGGGGACCCCAGGGCCCCAUGGGACCCCAAGGAAGGGUGGGACCUCCAGGCAGAGAUGGCAGGCAGGGUCCGAUAGGACCCCCAGGUCUCCGAGGUGAACAGGGUCCUGCCGGCUCCGACGCCGACGUUCCUCGCCUUUCUUUCUCCGCUGCACUGACUCGCCCCAUGAGAGGAACGGGAACCAUCGUGUUCAACCAUGUCUUCGUCAACGACAACAACGCCUACAAUCCACAGACAGGUUACUUCACAGCUCCAGUGAGUGGGAAAUACUUCUUCAGCGGCAUCCUGACGGGUCACAAAAACAUGAAGAUCGAGGCGGUGCUGUCCAAGUCCAACAACGGCAUCGCCCGGGUGGACUCGGCCGGCUACCAGCCUGAAGGCCUGGAGAAGCCGAUGGCGGAGGCGAAGCAGAUCCCCGGAGCGCUGGCCGUCUUCAACAUCAUCCUGCACAUGGAGGCCGGAGACACCGUCUGCAUCGACCUGGUCACCGGGAAGCUGGCCUACUCCACUGAACCGCUCACCAUCUUCAGCGGGGCGCUGCUGUACGAGGGCGACUGAUCGGACGCUGUGAUUCGCCCAUCUGUUGGCUCGGGAGCUUCUGAUUGGUCUGUUGGACUCUAAGAGGGAGACAGAUAUAAUUGAACUGGAUUCAUUCAGCAAAAAGAAUUCUAUUUUACUGUAUCGGAAGAAAAACAUUUCAACCAAAGUAAUUUGUCUUGUGUUUCGCAGCUUUAAGGAAAAAUUUUGGUGCAAAGAAAAAUCCGCUGCAGGGUUUUCUCUUCCACGUUUCCGUGUUUCCGUGUUUCCGUGUUUCCGUGUUCUAAACUUGAAUUCUUUACUGAUUCCAGCAGCACAGCUUCAGGUCUCUCUGGUUUUAACCCUCCUGUUGUCCUCAUUCAUGGGCACCAAAAAAUAUAGUUUCCUUGUCUGAAAAAAAAUCCAAAAAUUCAGCAAAAAAAUCCCCCAAAUUUCUGAAAAUUUGCAAAACCUUCAGGAAGAAAAUUCCAAUAAUUCCUUAAAAAUUUCCCUGAAAAGUUAUAUUUAAAAAAAAAAAAAAAAAAAUCCCCCAAAUCUGGCAAGAAAGUUCUUGUAAAUAUUUUCAAAAAAUGAGUAAAAAUCUUCCAAAAAAUCCUAAAAAUAUCUAAAGUGAUUCCAUAUAUAUCAGUAAAACUUCUAAUAUUUUCUUUAAGAACAUUCACAUAAAAAUGAACCAAAAUCCAGAGAAAUUCGCUGGAUUUUGGUAGAUUUUUUUUGUGAAUGUUCUAAGGAAACAUUCUUAACAUUUCUUUUUUUCCACCAAAAAUGUUCAAAGAUUUCCCAAAAAUGUUAAAAAUGUGGACAUCAGAAGUUUCACUGUGAAAAUAUUUAUUUUUCCACAUUUUCAAACUUUAAAACGGGUCAUUUUGACCUGCAGGACGACACGAGGGUGAAAUGUAAGGCAGUUGGGUAAAAUGAUAAAGAUUAAGGAUGUGGGUUGUAUUUUUGCCUGUUGUUUGUGUGUGUCCUCCACCCACAGUGUAUCAAAUGUUCAGAGGUUAUUACUGGGUUUUUUUUCCCUUCGUUUUCAUUGUGACCACAAAAGAAAUUCCCAGAAACACGGCGCUGAAUGCCAGCUGUCAGACCGAUGUAGGCGGAGGGGACGCCGUCCAAACCACGAUUCUUUAGGAGGAAAUGCACAAAUGAAGUCACUGACAGUUCAGUGGAGAAACCGCAGGAUUUUAUAAAUCAUACAACAGCGAAACAAUAAGCCCAUUUUAGGACAUCAGCUUGAACACGAGGGGAGGAGGGGGAUUUUUUCCUGUGUCCUAAUAAGGGACAUCUAAACUGAGUGGAGGAUCCAGUAGUUAAAGUUAUGAAGCUGUUACCAUUGUUCCAUCUGAGAGGAAUGUUCAAAGCCCACAAUAACAAAUCACAAAGUGCCUUUAUUCCUGUUUUCAUUCCUGUUCUUCAGAUCCCACCUCUGGAGUGUUUUUAAGUUUGUACAUGUUCUUUAAAGAAACGUUGCACAUUUUCUGGCAUUAUAUUCACAUUAAGGCUUAAUCCUUUAUCCACGUGUUUCCUUUCUUUCCUCUCUGUGCAGAUCUUCUCUCUGCAGGAAACACAUGUUGGUCCUUAGUCUUCAGUGAGGGAAUGUCAUUUCAUAUGCAUCGUGUAACCUCAACGGAUUGUAAAUAUUUUUCAGCAGUUUUUUGAGAUUUUUAUGAGUUACCACUUCACUGGCCAGGUACUGUAUAUAUUUUGUAUGUUUUUGUCACAUGUGUGCCUCCAAUACAGAUACCCAGUUUAACACGU